GGACCAAAGAGAAAAGCACACUACUGUCAUUUAAAAAGAGAAGCUACUUUUUUCCGGGUUAUGUGACCGGCUAUUUCCACUGAACAGUCUACCCACCGACACAACCUUCCAUAGUUUCACGACCACAGUCACUGUCCCUUUCCGUACAGGAUCCAUGUUUUUCUUUCUUUCUUAAAUGCACCACCAUAACUUCCCCCACUCACUCGGAUCUCCCAUAGUUAGAGAAGAGAGAGAAGAUAGCUUCUUCUUUAUUGUGGAUUACAGAUAAUAGACAGCUAAUCUCAGAGUAGAGACUUCACCCUCAGUAGAUUAAAGUAACCGAGGAAGACAACCUCCCAAAGUCACUGUAAAACCACUUACAUAUAGUGAAUCCAGCCAUGUUCUAUCACAACAACUACGAACAAGUUGCUGGGACCUCUACUGCAGUUUAAGACAAAACUUAGCAAGACUGAACAUGUCCUUUUCUUCCUCCAUUAUAAGCUGUCGUUUUCAGUAACCUGAACAUAUCCAGCUGUGUUUUUUUAAAUCCUUUCAUCUUUUAGAGGCUUAUCACAAGGGAAACACAGAUCCUCUUGAAUUGUUUUCUCACUUGGAAGUUGAAAGUAACUGUUGAUUUGGCUGAGAACUUGAUGAUGAAGGCAAGAUCAGUGAACAAUGUCCAGUCCAAGCGAUCCACCAAGAGUGGAAGGAAAGACCAGAAGCUGCAGAAGACUAACAGCCAGAAAAAAUCAUCAGAACAAGAGAAACACAAGGAGGCCUUAGAGUCUAACAUCCUCACAACAGUGGCUAGUGACUCAACCACACAGUCAGAUCCAUCCGAGGCUUACGAGACACUAGACGUCCGCUACUUGGACGAUGUAACCGUAAGAAAAGAGAAAGAAGAUGCUGAUGCUGAUGGUGAUGAACAAGAAGAAGUUAAAGGUGCCAAUGCUGAUGUGUGGGAAGAUGCUUCUAACGGCGCUCUUAGCGCAGGAAGCGAGAACGAGGCCCCUGAUGUAGCAGAGAAUAGUUUUGAGGAUGGAUCUUUGAAAGAGAAGAUUGAGCAUCUUGAGACGAGAAUCGAGAGACUUGAAGAGGAGCUUAGAGAGGUCGCUGCGCUCGAGGUUUCUCUCUACUCUGUCGUCCCUGACCAUUCCAGCUCUGCGCACAAGCUUCAUACUCCUGCGAGGCGUAUCUCUAGAAUCUACAUCCAUGCUUGUAAGCAUUUCGCUAGAGGAAAGCGUGCUACCAUCGCUAGAAACUCUGUUUCUGGUCUUGUCUUGGUUGCUAGAUCUUGUGGGAAUGAUGUUUCAAGGUUGACGUUUUGGUUAUCAAACAUUAUAACUCUAAGGGAGAUUAUUUCGCAAGCGUUUGGUAAGUCUCGUGUCACGGAGAGCUCUGAAGCUAAUAAUGGGAGUGAGAAUGGUGGUGAUUCAGGGAAGAAGACGAACUUGAGAUGGAAGAAUGGUUUGCAAGAGCUUCUUGAGGAUUGGCAAGAAACUGAAACGUUCACCGCUGCUUUGGAGAAAGUAGAGCUUUGGGUCUUCUCUAGAAUCGUGGAGUCUGUUUGGUGGCAGGUCUUUACUCCUCAUAUGCAAUCCCCUGAGAACAACAACUCUUCAGCUUCUAAAUCGAAUGAGAAGCAAGGAGCCUUUUCUAUUACCCUAUGGAAGAAUGCCUUUGGAGAUGCUCUGCAACGGCUUUGUCCUAUGAGAGGGGGAGGACAUGAAUGUGGCUGCUUACCUGUAUUGGCUAGAAUGGUCAUGGAGAAGUGUGUUGGUAGAUUUGAUGUAGCUAUGUUCAAUGCUAUUCUGCGCGAGUCAGAACAUCAGAUACCAACUGAUCCAGUCUCUGAUCCUAUUCUUGAUACCAAAGUUCUGCCUGUUCCUGCUGGAGACUUGAGCUUUGGAUCAGGAGCACAGCUCAAAAACGCGAUUGGUAACUGGUCUAGAUCCCUCACUGAAAUGUUCGGUAUGAACUCAGAUGAUGAUCAAGUAGAGAGUGAAGGCAGUGAUAGUAGUAAAGCCUUUGUGUUGUUAAAUGAACUUAGUGAUCUUCUUAUGCUCCCUAAAGACAUGCUUAUGGAAAGCUCCAUUAGAGAAGAGAUAUGUCCAUCAAUCACUCUUUCACUUAUCAAGAGAAUACUAUGCAACUUCACUCCUGAUGAGUUCUGUCCAGACGAUGUACCUGGAGCUGUCCUAGAAGAGCUAAAUGCCGCCGAGGUGCAAUCAGAAGAAGAAAGCUUCCCUUAUGCGGCUUCUUCUGUUACUUACAAGCCUCCAUCGACCAUGGAUGUAGCAGAGAAAGUUGCGGAGGCUGCAGGGAAGUUGUCGAGGAAUGUGUCUAUGAUACAGAGGAAAGGGUACACGAGCGACGAGGAGCUUGAGGAGCUGGACUCUCCUCUUACAUCUAUUGUUGAUAAAACGAGUGAGUUUAAUGAUUCUGCGACCUCAAAUGCAAGAUACAAUCUCCUUCGACAAGUGUGGGCUUAGUUAUUUAUGUUGUUACAUAGAUACUCUUAAUGAAGAAGGGACUCAUUGUAAUAACUUUUGUGUAAUUUUUUCAAGAACAGUUUGGGAGAGAUCUAAGAGAAAAAAUGACAUUGUUUAUAUGCUUAAACAAGCAUUAUCAUUUUAAGUUCUUUGGCAACUUCAAUCA